GAUGCCGGAUUUCUUGAGCAGGGUGGGGGUACAAAUAACAAAUAUUCCCAGCACACACCGCGCAAGGGAGAAAAGAAAGUUGUUGGGAAAGGUAGUUUUCUAUGGUAAAGUAAUUCUAGUAGGGAACGAGAUGUGCUAUAGAGCGGUGCUGCCAUUGACACAGUAAAUAUUAUCGGACGAUUAAAGAGGAUAGCAAAGUUUCCUUCUUGCUGACCUAAUUCGCGUUCCCUUAAUUUACAGUGUCAAAAGCUUGCCUUGUGCAGGAGGAGAGAUUGUUUCGCCGGCAGUGGUUGUGCACUGACACCAUUGUAAUGAUGAUUGUCUCAACUGCGUGAGCACUUUGACGUUUGAUUUCCAGAAUCCAGAUUGUGACCCCCAAACUGUCGAGUGUACGUUAUUAUUUGGCUCGUCUGUAGUAAGAAAAGUGGAGAUUGGUGCAAGGGAUUGGUCUUCAACUGGCGCCCAGUUCAACCAAGGGACGAAGAAAACUUGGGUAGCUGUGUACUGUCAGAAAAGGAUUAGGUGUCUCCAACUGUCUAUGCUUCCACAUCUGUAACAAUGGAUAGUAGAUGUUAUGGCUGUGCAUCUAAGUUUACUGUCUUCAAGAAACGGUUUGGAUGCAAGAAUUGUGGCCGAGCAUUCUGUUCUGGCUGCCUUGGAUUCAGUGCAAAUGUUCCCCGUUGUGGAAACACUCAACAGAAGGUGUGCAAGCAAUGCCACAAGGAAUUAACCAGUGGACCACCUCAGUCCAAUGCAGCUAAAUGGUCCCCACCAGAGAACUAUAAAAAGCGUGUAGCUGCCCUUGAAGCCAAGCAGAACCAGCCGCAGGGCCCUCAGAAGGGCUUGGUGAAAUCCCAAAGUCAAAUGGACUCCAGGUAUCGAGGGCUAUCCAAAGAGGAUCGAGCUCUAGCAGAGAGACUGGAGAGGCUUAAGAGGGAAUCAAAAUCCAAGUCCAUUCCCUCACAGUCUGAAAUAGAGUCCAGGCUGGCAGCCUUGAAAGAUGACCCUGUGAAACCCAUUCCGUCCACCCAAGAGAUGGAGGACCGUCUGGCAGCCUUGCAAGACAGACCUCAUCCCUCUGCAGCUCCCAGGCCAGGUUACCAGGACACUCUUGCCAGGACACAAGUUGAGCAGUCAGAUGACUUGCUUAACCAGAUGGCUGAAGAAGUUACUAUAGAUCAGAGUUCAGGUGUUCUACCUCAAGAAAUCGACACACAGAAUUUGAAUGACUUAAAUCGAACUGAUGGGAUCACCAGCAUUGCUGAUCUGGAUCCUAAACAAUUGGAAGAGGAAAAGAAUAGACUUCUAACAGAGGCUGCUGCUGAGCUGAGGGAGGAGAACACCAGGCAGGAGAAGAUUCUAGAAGUGGCCAAGCGAUUGGCCAUACUCAGAGGCCAAGACCCUGAGCAAGUUACUCUGAAUGACUACAAACUCCCUGACAGUGAUGAAGAAAUGGAAGAGGAGGAGGCCAUUCAAAGAGUUUUGAAACAGCUUACUGAGGAGGCAGCUCUGGAUGAAGCAAGUGGCUUCAAUAUUACCCCAGAUCGAUCCACCCAGACAGAAACUGCACAGCAGAAAAAAGUCAAGAAGCCCAAACAGGCACAAGCUUCAACAUCAACUAAAGCCCCCUUCUUGCCUGCUAAAGCAGUAGACAGUGAGGAGGAAGAGUUACCCUGGUGCUGCAUCUGCAAUGGAGAUGCCACCCUGCGCUGCCAUGGCUGCGAUGAUGACCUCUAUUGCCAGCGAUGCUUCCGGGAAGGCCAUGAUGAGUUUGAUCAGAAGGAGCACCGAACUUCAAGUUUUCACCCUCCUCAGAAGAAAAAAUGACAGUGUAGAAGGUGAGAAGAGAAAGGGAUAUCAAAGGAGUGAAGGAAGAAUUGCUGUUGAAGUGGAACAUGUCCAGGAUGGGUGGACAUUGCAGACUCAGCUGUUAGCUCUCUGGACAAUGCAGUGCUGACAAGUCCAGAGUGAAAGCACUUGUCCCUGACGAACUCAAGGCUGCCACUGUGGAGCUUAAUGAUACACAACAUCUGUCCACAGGUAGUUUUGUAAGUAAAUCUAUAAUGCUAGAGAGGUGAAGAAUAUUAUGUUUUUAAAAGUUAGUUGUGUUGCACAAAGUGACUCUGUAGCGGGAUGAGAUGUACAACAA